CAAGUGAGUUUUCACAAUUCUAAUAAACAAGUAGAUAAAGACAUAACGUUCUUUUACUCAACAUAUAAGACAAACCAUCGAUAUUCGGUUUUAAAUUAUAAAUGCGUCUUUUCAUUCAGAAAUACAACAGCUCUCCUUCAUAUUUGUUUGGGCGUUUGAGCAACAUAAUACAAUAUUCACGGAAAGAUAUUUUUAAAAACGUACUUUGCACUUUUUUAUGUAUGCUCAUCCAACGCGUUGCAUCGCAAAGAAAACUACAUUACCCACAAUCCACCGAUCAGCGUACAUCCGGUCCAAGAGUUUGUAAACAAUGAAAGGGGAGAUGGUGUCGUCAAGAGGUCUCACCUAAAAAUAUUACCUUAUUUAAUAUCUAGGCCAUAAUAAAUACAUGUUACACGUCACGCAGGCGCGCAUAUAUUCAGUUACUCAAACAGUCGGCAAAAAUACAUUUGCAAGGACUUUGAAAAACAUACAUUUGUGUCUGAAAAUCGGACAGCUGGGGUUCGUUUUUCUACAAACCAGACACAGCGUGCUGCAAAGACAAAGAGGACGACCUGCGAGGAAACCCACCCGAACACACGCCUGUUAAAGACCUUACAGAGGGGAAUUUGGAGGGGUUGUUGUGAAGGUUAAGCUCAAUGGGGAACUGUCUGUCUUCUCAAGGCGCCGAUGAUUUGUCCCUGCUGAACGAGUCCGAGGGGGCGAGUCUGCCUGGAGAGCCUCCGCCACCCUACCAGGAGCGAGUGCAGGUGGAAGUGUACCAUCCAACGCCCAGUCAGACCCGGUUGGCCACCCAGCUAACCGAGGAGGAACAGGUCCGUAUCGCUCAGCGGAUCGGGCUCAUUCAACACCUGCCUCGUGGAAUCUUCGACCCGGGCUCAGAACCUUCUGAAAAGAAGAUUAAAGAGUGUGUAAUCUGCAUGAUGGACUUUGAAUACGGCGACCCAAUCCGGUUCCUCCCCUGCAUGCACAUCUAUCACGUGGACUGCAUUGAUGCGUGGCUGAUGCGCUCCUUCACCUGCCCUUCCUGUAUGGAGCCUGUCGAUGCUGCUCUGUUGGCUUCCUACGAGACAAAUUGAGAGUGCCUGCGCAUACCAAAUGUCAUGCAGCCGAGUCACAUCAGCCGAAAGACUUGAACUGCUGAGGAAAAAAACCUGUAUAAAUAAAUAAAGGUGUGUGUACUCAGACUGCAAAAAAACAGGAUCCUUCCAGUGUUAAAACCGAGAGACCCUGGUAAGGGGUUCAAAAACCUUUUACUUGCAUGUCAAAGCGCUUUCCCAACACAUAUACAUGUGAUUGAUGUGAAAAUGAAGUUCGGCGAGGUGGAGACCACCUAUGCAUCUCUAAUGAAGAUAGUCUUUCAAAGGACACGUUUAGGAUUAAAUGAUUUCAAUGUGUAUUUUUUUUCUUCUACCAAAUGUGCAAAACGUUCAAGAGGGACUGAACCUCUCUCAUUGGAUGUGAAACUCACCCAUCACCUAAAUUUGCCAAUGAGGUUACUUACUUACUGAACUUUGCGAGUCUAAUUGGUGGGGUUUCAAUUUCAGUUGGCUUUGAAUGUGCCUUUGAUGGCUGAGUAAUAAAAUGCUGAAAACCUUAAUGAAAUGAAAAAAAAAAGAAUGAAAAUAACUAAUUUAUAUAAGAACAUGUGCCAUGCUAAUGUUUUUGUCUUUACUUGCAGUGACAUAACACACAAUCAAGCAUUUGCUGCGAUUUUUCUUCUCUCUACACUUAUCUAAAUAGCUUCCCAACAUUUUGAGACUGUGUCCUUAUGUCAUAUUGUGUUUAGUUGUGAUAAGAUUGGUCGGCAGCUGUUUACCAGGUUCUGCGUAUGAAUUGCCUUUUUACAGUGGUUUUGGAAGCUUUUUACUCUGUUGCUGUUGCAGUAUAUGUCAUAUCCUGUACGUCUCUCUACUUUAUUCUUUUAAAGUAGAGUUUUUCCUUAUUUGUGAACCUGGACAACAAAACCAGACUAAAGGUUACAUUUUUGGAAAUUGAGUUUUUACAUCAUCUGCAACCUGAAGAAAUUAGCUUUCUAGUGAUAUAUGGUUUGUUAGGAUAGGACACUAUCUGGUGGGGCAACAACUGUUUAAAAAGCUGUAUUCAGAGGGUGCAAAAAAGGUAAAGAUUGAGAAAAUCGCCUUUAAAGUUGUUAAUCUGAGGCACUGUAGCAGGCCAUCCACUCACAAAAGAAAGUUUUUAUACAUUUACGGUAGGAAAUGUAUUAAAUAUCUUCAUGGAACAUGAUCUUUAGUUAAUAUCCUAAUGAUUUCUGGCAAAAAGAGAAGUCGGUUAUUUUUACCCAUACAAUGUAUUUUUGGUGAUUACUAAAAAUUGUCCUGUUCUACUUAAGACUGGUUUUGUUGUCCACGGUCACAUUUAAUGUUUUUUCUUUACUUAGAAGAGGAAAAGUAAUAAUAUAACCACCAAACGCUGUGCACCUUUUCAAAUUCUGUCCACUGUAUAUUCGGCGGGCGUUUUACAGUAAUUCCUAGUGUUUCUAAAUCAUUCAUGCAAAAAAUUGAAAUGAAAAAACAGAAAGAAAGUAAAAUCGGUGAAUGCUUCUGUCAGUUAUGGUAAUGCGUGUCCAUCACAAUCUAAACUUUGUGCUAAAAGGAAGAUUUUCACCUUCAUUUUUUUGUUUAUGUGGUCUCAGAGAUGCUUAGUGAUUUAUGUUAAGCCAGGAAAUAUUUUUGCACAAUGCUAUAUUCUACUCAAGUAUAUGUUUUCCCUCUGACUCGUUGUAUUAAUAUCCUGAAGUCAUCCUAGAUAGUAAACAGCUCUUAGAUUUAAUUAUGGAUAAGUUAUUCUUUCUCCUGUGAAAUAUUAUUGAUUCUAAAUUUAUAUGUAGCUCCACCACACGUAAACUCUUUUGAAGUGCAAUCAUGACAUUUUUGUUAUACUUCGUUUCAAAUUAAAAUUCAUUUAAAAUUGCUUGUUGGUGCCAUAUAAAUGUAGGUUUGCCAAAAAAUCAAUAACUAAAUAAAUGCAGAGUUUGCUUAAUUCCUCGGUCCCCAUUUGUACUAUUAGCAUUCUCUGUUUCUCUGUUUCGUCUGUGUGCAACAAUGGCACAAUAAUCGGAAUAUAACACAAUAAAUGUUGCCAAAUCCUUUCACAUC